AUGGUUCGAAAUGGUGGUGACCAAAACCACACGGAAAUCCUUCCGCGGCCAGGCAAGGCAUGUGGCUCAUACCCGAGGAAAAAUGUUUUGCCGAAUAUUGUCAAUACUUCUUCAAAGGCCUCUACUCUCUAUAUAAAAUUCAUUGGCAGUGCAGUCAAAGCAAGCAGAAGACCCUUUGAUCUGCUUUUGAGUACAUUGCAAUCAUCAAAGCCAGUCCCAGCAUUUCCAUAUAAAAGCGACCUGACUGACGAAGAGGCCGUCCUCGCUUGGCUGACGAGCGAGAACACUCUCGAAAUCCCCAAUCAGAUCGAGGAGGUCAACGAGAGGAUGCUGGACAGGAUCCUCAACACGUCAGAUAACGUCGCCGUCUUCUUCUAUUCCGAGGGUGACAAGAAGAGCCGAGACAUCCUCGUCGAACUAGAAAACAUCGAUGACGAGUGCGAUGACAUUGGCAUUGACUUCGUCAAGGUUUCGGACGAAAACAUCGCUAAGGAAUAUGAAGUCGUGAUCCUCCCAGCUCUCGUCUACUUCAGAAACCGCUUCCCCCAGAUUUACGAGGGCGACCUCAAGGACGAGGAGGCUUUGUUAGAAUGGCUCAUCGACAACAAGGACAAAGGACCAGCAUCUAUCAUCGAGGAGGUGGACGGCCAGAUGAUCCAGAGCCUCGUGGAGGGCUUCGAGUAUCUCGUGGUGUACUUCUACGACGAUAACUGCCCCACCUGCGAGACCGUCCUGGCAGACCUCGAGACCAUCGACGACGAGACGGACGACGUGGGCAUCCAGUUCGUCAAGACCAACGACGUGGAGGUCGCCGAGGACCUGGGCAUCAGCCACCUGCCCGCCCUCGUCUACUUCGAGGGCGGCGUGCCCAGUAUCUACGAUGGUGACGACAGGGGCAUCUUUUCUUGGAUAAUUGCAGAAAAAAAAACAGUUGAGAGUCCAGCCAUUAGCAUGAAUUUCCGCAGGCUUCUAGAAGUAAAGGAAGGUGAUGAUGGUGAGGAUGAAGGUGACAUCCAGGCGGAGGAGGAUGUGUUGGAGUGGCUAAUCGAACAGAGACACGAGGAUACUAUUGAGAAUAUCAACAGACAGCUUCUCUAUACGCUCAUCGAUACGCAGGAUUACCUUGCUGUCUAUUUCUUCAACGAGGAGAACGACGAAUGUCCCAAGGUGCUCCGCGUGUUGGAAAAGAUCGACGACGAGGCGGCUGAGUACGGCAUCCAGCUGGUGAAGAUGAACGACCGACUCAUGGCCAAGAAGUACGGCUUCAGGAACCCUCCAGGACUGGUGUACUUCAGGAAGGGCAAGCACAUUAAGUACGAGGGUGACCUGUACGACGACGAGGACGUGCUGGACUGGCUCACGGCCCCCGAGAACAUGGAGCUGAACGACGCCAUUGAGAAAGUCAACAGGAAGAUGUUCGAGAGGAUCAAGCAGACCACAGACUAUCUGGCGGUCUUCUUCUACGCCGAAGAAGGCUGCAAACAGUGCCAGAAAGUCCUCGCCGAGCUGGAGAACAUCGACGACGAGGCCGACGCCAACGGCAUCGACUUCGUGAAGAUCGAUGACUCUCAGCUGGCCAAGGAGGUCGGUGUCUUCGCGCUGCCGGCCAUCGUCUUCUACCGGGCUGGCUCCGAGGAACCCAUCAUCUAUGCCGGUGGCGAUAUGAAGAACGAGGAGAACCUUCUGUCGUGGCUUCUGACGGAGAAGGACCCAACAGCUGACUUCAUCGAGGACAUGAGUGGCGACGCCCUGCUGAGAGUCAUCAGGGAUUCGGAUGCCAUUGCUGUCUAUUUCUGGGACCCGGUCUCUUGCGGUUGUCCCGAAACGCCAGUCGAACCCGAGAAGAAAAAGAAGAAGAGGAGGAAGGCAGACGAAGCUGACCAGGAACAAAACAAUGAAGACACCAACGCCUGCAACACGUGCAUGAAGGUACUCGAGGAGCUGGAGAAUAUCGAUGACGACACGGACAGAAUAGGCGUCAAGUUCGUCAAGACCCAAGACGCCAAGGUGGCCGAGCGCUAUGGCGUGGUGAGCAUGCCGGCGCUGCUGUACUUCGAGCACCAGAUUCCCACCGUCUAUGAAGGUGACCUGUUGGCGGAGGAGGACGUCUUACAGUGGCUCAUCCUUCAGAAGACUGAGGACAGGAUUGAAACUAUCAACAGGAACAUGCUGGAGGUCAUGCUCGAAGACACUCAGUACCUCGCCGUCUUCUUCUACAAGCCGAACUGCCGCGCGUGCGACACCGUUCUGGCGGAGCUGGAGAACAUCGACGACGAGUGUGACGUGUACGGCAUCCACAUGGUCAAGAUCCAGGACACGCAGCUGGCUAAGCGCUACGGCAUCAAGACGCUCCCCGCGCUCAUCUACUUCCGCAAUGGCAACCCGCUCAUUUUUGACGGAGAUAUGCAGAACGAGGUUAGUGUGCUGGAAUGGCUGACUGAUGAUGAGAACCGGGAAUUGGAAGGAGAAAUCGAGGCUGUAAAUGUUAGGAUGCUAAAGCGCCUCAUGGAUGAGUCUCCCUUCAUUGCCGCUUACUUCUACGAAGACGACUGUGCGGAUUGUGAACAGGUCUUGCAAGAACUCGAGAACAUCGACGACGAGGUGGACAUGUUCGGUAUUGACUUCGUGAAGAUCAAUGACCCAGAUGCCGCCCAGAGGUUCAACAUCCUGCACACUCCCGCCCUCGUCUAUUUCCGGAAGAAGACGCCCCUGGUAUACGACGGCGACCUCUUGGACGAGGAGAAGGUGUUCAACUGGCUAACUUCUCAAGAUGUGUUCGAGAUCAAGGACGAGAUCGAGGAAGUGAACAGGAAGAUGCUCGAGAAACUGCUGGACGAGAACGACUUCGUGGCUGUGUUCUUCUACGAGGACAACCCUAAGUGCGAAGAAGUCCUCACCGAGCUGGAAAAGAUCGACGAUGACACCGACGACCUGGACAUCACCUUCGUCAAAAUCAGGGACACGCGCUACGCCAAGAAGUACGGUAUUCAGAAGCUCCCCGCCCUGGUCUACUUCAGAAGAAGGUUCCCCAGCAUAUACAGAGGAGACCUCAUGGUGGAGGACGAGGUGCUGGAAUGGCUGCAGAAGAACAGAUUCAAGCACCCGGAGUUGAACCUCUUCAUGUACGCCACUGGAGCCAUCACCUUCGCGUUCAUCAUGUACACGUUCUUCCUCAUUUUCUGCUUCAAGAGCCCACACCAGAAGGCCGCGUGAUUACGUCCGCCCACCUAGAUCUAUCUCUGAAUGAAAUUUAAAAGUUGUCUUUUUUUAGUUUUUUUUUCGGUUUGCAUACGAUCGUUAUUGCUUUUUUUCUGAAGAUAUCAAAGCAUAUCAGCUUGCUGCGACUUAGGUGGUUGUGUUAUAUAGCUGUGGGGGAUGGAGGACAGGAGCGACUUUUAAUGGAUGUGAAGUAACACUAUAUUCAUGUUCACGCGACCUGAAGGAUCUGAAGAAAACAUCGUUUUCACUAAUCAUGCCAAUGGAAAUGAAAAAUGAGUCUAACCGUGACCAUUUCAUCUCAUUUCACGAAGAAACAAAGAUGAAGAAACUAUAAUUGUGAUGAAAUUCAUUACAUACGUAAUUUUGACCAUAGAAGAAAAGAAGAGAUGUACUGUCAGCCAAGGGGAAAUCUAGAUGCAAUGUUGUGAUGUUUUCAAUGCUCAAUAACAAGCGAUUUCCUAAACAAUGUGAUAGCUUAGCAUGUGCGCACUCGAAUUGGGCAGUAAAAGUACCUCAUUGACUUGGAACUCUCACUGCCCAUUCGGUCUCACAGUGUCAGCAAACGAAAACAAAAAAGCAUUUUAAACAAUGACCAUACAGCCACAGUGAACUGCAUCAAACUUCUGGGGUCAAAUCAUGCCAUGAAAGUAUACACGAAUUGAUAGAGAAAAAAGAUUAAUGCAUAUUUAGAUGUAUCAUCUAUCCCGGCACCGUGUUUACAAGUCAGAUUCACUGUGGCUAAGGAAUAACACUAAUGCCUUGCCAAUGCUAACGUUAUGGAGUAAGGUGUAAAAAAUAAUAAAUCGAGAAAGCGUCGUUCUUUUAUGCCUGCCGUAUGAAGGGCGGACGCUUUCCUAGUCUGGCGUGUGUCCGGGGUGCUCAAAGACGUGUCUUUAUCACUUGUCUUAUUUAUACACUCCUACGCCCUUCUCUUCCAUCCUCCUUAAUCUUUUUUAUCCUUUUCUAUGAUCCCUUCUCCCCUGUCACUCCCCUGGCUUUGACUGAUACCUUUUACCACAAGGGGAUUCACGACGAAAUCUUAGGACCUGGGGGUUUCGCUGUAAAUUUACAGAAUAUUGGAGAUUCAAAGAUUUUCAUUUAAGAAGAGGGUCAGGAGAUGAUUAUUUUUAUUUUCUAUUGAAGAAAAAUGUGUUACAGGCAUGAAUAGCAUCCCUGUAUUUUUUAUACUCCUUGCCAUGGUCUUAACCAAUAGAAAUCAGUCGGAACUGGCCUGUUGUAUUUUUCCUUUCCAUUUCAAUGUUGGUAGCGUGUCUGUUAUGUGUACAGUGUUAAAAAGAGUCCAGCGGCCUAUGUAUAACUAUUUCUGCCAUAGACAUAUGGAGAUUCUUUUUAUGUUCCUAUGUCCGCUGUGACUCUGUACCUUGUUCGUGUAUAAGGCAUUUAUGCAAACUUGUUUCUACCUUACACUAAACUCAUGAAGCGUUUCUGUCCGUGAAGUGGAGGAAGUGAACAGUAAUGCCCUUCAGGGGCAGCCAUGACAUGGCGGAAUGACAAUAUAUCCACAAGGUGCUGAUUUGCUAAGAAAAGUUUUUGUAUAGUCACAUAUAACACUAAACUAAAUAAGGUUUCUAGAUAGCAUCAUCUUCACAGACAGAAUUAAAAACGUAGUGAUAAACAAUGUUAUCCUUUGUUACAUGUAAAGUUCUUCUUUAACCUCUAUAACCUUUUAUAAGCAUUUUAAGCAAGACGACACACAAGUACACUCUUCUCUGGAAGACGAGUUACAAUCGUGAUUGUUAAGUACUUAAGAAUGUUACUUAAGAUUGUUACUGUGCAAUGUUUAGCGUCGUGAGAAGUAGGGAUGUCCGUCCGCUAGAGCUCUCUGCUGCUGCUACAGAUAAUUGCAUAUAUAUUCAUUAUUUAUAUCUCAAAUGAUAUUUUACACUUGAGCUUUGUUAGCUUUUUUAAUACACACUAUUUUGUGAUGUUAUAACAACGUUUCUCGCAGAAUCAAUGGAUGUCUGGUAGAGUUUUUUUGAGAUAGCUACAGCUGUUAUGAUAUUAACUUUUGAUAGAAGUUAUAAACGCAAAUAUUCUAUUAAAUAAAUGCGUUCCCCAUAGCAUCAGGUGUAAAUAGAAUUGCAUUUCAAUAUAUCUUUAGUCACAACUAUAAUGUCACCUCUAAAAGUAGCUCAACAACGCAAUUUUGAAGUCAGAACUUGUCUUCCACAUGGACUAAGGAACAGUAUAUUACACAGUUCCUAGAUCCAGUUACUUUCCCUUCUCUCCCACUAGGAACUUCCUCUUCCUCUCUCUCUGCCAUAGCCAAUUCUACCAGUAUAUCUUCCAUCAUAUCUUAUUUAUCUACUGCCUUAUUUUCUAACCCCGCUCCCCUUGUUCACACAGCUAGACUCUUGGCUAACGUAGUGGUAAAAUACGCAAUGUUCUGUACAUUCUGACUUCCAUGUAUAAUAAAGAAAUAUUUGCUA